CGCGACCAGCACAAGAUCUUCGGUAAACGAGUCGACCAGCGCACAGUCACACCUGAUUUGACCAGCUUCGCUAGCAUCGGACGCCUAAUAAGCCGCACGAAAUGACAUCUUCCUCCUCAGCCCAAAGUCGUCGUCUGGAUCUCGAGAAGAACUGCGUGAUGGCCUUUCGGCCAGCAUUAUUCCUCUGGUAUCUUUGGAUGCUUCACUUAUCGUGCUUUGCUGAGCCGAAGCUCUGAGCUACCAUGGACAGAUGUCUCCAACUCGACGAGACACUUCUGCAGUCCGAAGAAGCUGGUAUCAAUCAGAGGCCGCUUCAUUUCUCGACCACUACAGUCCAGAGAUAGUGCAGCGUCGCUUCACGAACUUUGACCCUCAUUUCUAUCGACAAAAGACCACUCUCGACAAGAUCGCCCAGAGGUCACGACGACAGCCACGACCAUGGCAGCCUCUGUUCGAUUAUGUGGACAGCCACUGGAAUACGAUUGGACCACUCCUGCCAAUAACCUCGUCAUUCUUGGAAAUCAGUCUAUUGCUUUUCCUCUUCACGUUAUAUUAUACUUUACCAGCGGACCCAAGGACCGGACAGCGGCCACCUCGAAUAGCCGACCUGUACAGCAUAUUCCCCUUCAUCAGCUGCGUCGGCUCACAGAGGUUGCCGGUGUAUCAAGGUCUGACGAUGUGUGUGGUGUUGAUCAACCUUGCAUCGACCUCGAUUGGCUUCUAUCGAGGCCGCGAUGAUCGUAUCGGCUGGCAGAGCCGGAGGACAAACUGGCUGGUCAGUGUGGUCUCGGGAGGGUUAGCAAUAUGGGUGGUCUUUGCAGCUGCCAAUCCUGACACGCACCUCCACCUGACUGUGACGGCUGCGAAAGCAUUGUCCGUCUUCUGCAUUAAGACGAGCAGCUGGAUCACCGAUCAUCUUCAGCGACGUAGUUAUCCUGGCCUUUGGCAGACCGGCGUGGUCAGGUUCCUGGUUUGGUGGAAAGCCAUCACCUUAGUCGUUGCAUUCCCAACCGCGACAAUGAUGGAAGUUGCCAUUUUUGGCUGCUACAGUGCAAGUGUCGAAGAGAUCCAAACACCAGGAGCAAGAUGCUACUGGAUCAUGGCAAUGGGAGCUCCAGCCGAAUGGGUCUAUGCACUGACUACGAUCUCCUGGAAUUUGACCAUCGCAUUCGACAUCUACAUUCUCCCGAUUGUAGGUGAGGUCAAGUCGAAACAAGAUGAAGCCGAGAUGCAGCUGCUAGCGCCAGACUCCUAUAGUCCCCCUCCACAACUGCCUUCUUCAAGCAAAAACGAUGGAAGAGAAUCGGGCGAGCAUUCGAGGGAAAUCGAUGGAUCAAGGCAGCAGAAGAAAGGAUAUGACAGUCUCGAUUCACCUAGUUGGGUUACAAACAGCACUGAUAGCGACGAAGACAGUGAAGUCGAGCAAGACCUGGGGAUGGUCGCAAGGAUAAGAGAUGUUGUCUAACUGGCAAGUAGAGACACAACAGCAUUGACAGAUGUGGUUGAUCGAAUACCUGUACCGAGUAUUGAUGAGACGAGAAACGAGUGUGGACGAGGCUGUGGAAAAUACGUCAUCGUCAGCCGUGUCUUGGCAUUUCUAGCCUCGUCUGAAGGAC